UGUCAAACCUUCCGUGUUCCCAUGUGGAUCUUUCCCUUGCUGGCGCUGGCGCUUGCCGAGCGCGACGGCAGCAGCUUGCUGCAGCGCGUCGAGCUUCUCAGUCAGUCUGCAACAUUCAGCUCACCGCAGUUCCAAGCACUUCUCCCAGUGAUGGAUGCCACCUUGAAGCCCAUUGAGGAAGCCGGGAUGCCGCUGGAGAUGUGCAAAAGGAUGGCGGCAGCCGUGUCGAAGUCUCAUGGGACGAUAACGCGCAAGGCGUUGAUCCACACUGGCUUUCUGUCGAAAGAGCGCUAUGGAGGAAGGUUCGCACUGCCUGAUGACUGGGUGGAGACAUCAAGGAAAUUGCGGCUGCUGCCGCUGUCAUUUUUGGCCACACAAAACUUGAAGAAUACAAAGAUGAUUUUUUGGGCCAAUGCAGAUCCAUCGCAUCCUUCGUUGCAAGAGAUCUUCGCACCGCUGAGAAAUUACAGCGACUUCAUCGAACUGAGGAGAUUCGAUCCAAACAGCGAGAUGGCCAAAAUAGCAGCGAAGUUCGCUCCCAAGGGGGAGGCUGUCACAUUGACCGCUCGACUGUUGAAGAUCUUCAAAUCCCUAUCUCAAAUCACCUCCAAGUCGGACAUCAUGCGAACGGUGCUGUUGUACAACUACGGUGGCCUCUGGAUGGACAGCGAUGUGCUAAUGAUCCGAGAUUUAGCUCCGCUGUUGGAGGAGGACUGGGUCACGUUGCUACAGGCGAAAUGGGUGAACCAGGCCAUAAUUUCAGUGUCGAAGCCCGGCUCACCCUUCAUCACAGCAUAUCUGAAGAAGAUCUUGGAGGCGGGCAUCCAGCAACGAUGGGGCUUCUAUGGACCUUGGACGGUCACCCCGAUGGCGAAGGAGAUGGAGAAGCACGUGGCCAAUCGCACCUUUCACAUCUUGCCACGGUGUUUUUUCGAGGGCGGCUUUCCGGGCGAAACCGCCCUUUUGGAGGAUGAUGAGAAUUCCACGCUCUGGAAUGAUUUCUUCAUCCAAAAUUUGGACAUGACCUUACUUCAAGACGUGAAACACCUGAACUAUGUCGACCCGAGCUUUACAGGGCACACUGCGUUCGGAUAUCAUUGGCAUAACCGCUGGAAUUUCUCAAUCGUGAAUGGUUCCCUUGCUGAUCGAGCAGAGAAACUCUAUUGCAACUCGGCUGAGUUUUCUUUUGAAGGUGACAUGGUCUCAAUUGACCGGACCGUGGUGAUUUGGAACAUGCCACCUACUGUCUGUUGGAACGUGAACUUGGAGGAACGACAUGAGCCUGAAAAGUACCGAGGCGCUUGGGCAAAUCAUAGCUACUUCCCAUCGCCCCAAGAUUGGCGCAGCUUAUCCAUCUACCAGCUAAUCACGGACCGCUUCGCGGAUGGUGACCCGCGCAACAACGAGCUCUUCGCCUCGGGCUUCGACGUGCGCGACAUGACCUACCGCCACGGCGGCGAUUUCGUUGGCGUGACGGAGAGGCUCCCCUACAUCAAGGGCUUAGGAUGUCGUGGCAUUUGGAUCUCGCCAGUUUUUCAGAACGGAUACAAUUCCUACCACCAGUACUCCCAGUUGGACUUCACGUUGCUGGACCAACGGCUGGGCAGCAAAGCGGAGCUGCGGCAACUCACGGAGCGAGCGCAUCAGCUGGGGCUCUACGUCAUUGUUGAUGUGGUCAUGAACCACAUGAGCAACGAGUUCUUCUUCGAGGGUCACCGCAAAAAUCGCGCACCCUGGCGCUUCCACGAGACGGAGGGCGGCCUCCGAGAGUAUCUUCUGCGGCCCAGGAAGUCGGUGGAUGAGUUGCAUUGGACGCCUGCAGGGCGACAGCCAUAUAUGGAUUUCUGGUACAACAACACGUGGGAUCCAGAUGCUAAGUAUCCAGGCACAGUCUAUGGUCAACACGGAGAAGCACGGGAAGACGAAGGUCGAGGUACAUAUUCCAGCAGCGACUUCCAUCAUAACGGAGAUCUGCAGGACUACUACGAUCCUUUCCAAAUUCACUAUGGUAAACUCUACGGCACCAUGGACGACUUGCGUCUGGAACAUCGUCGCGUGCAGGCAAAAUACAUCGCCAUGACGAAUGCCUUGAUCUCCAGCUGCGAUGUGGAUGGCUUUCGGGUGGACACCCCCAUGCAAGUGCCGCUGGUUUUCUAUAAGGCUUGGGUGCCUGCAGUGAAAGCACACGCCAAAAGUCUUGGCAAAAAGAGCUUUGGCAUCUUCGGGGAGUUCUACGUCACGCCGGAGCGCUACGCGACGAUGACCGGCCGCGGCCGGGACCACGCCAUGUAUGGAACAAAUCAAUACAUCGAUGGGCCUCCUACCAUGAACGGAGGUAUUGUCUACUCCUAUUACUGGUACAUGUUCACCGCGUUCGUCUAUGGCAAGCCACAGUAUGCGGAUGGUUUCGCCUUAGCCUAUGAAGAGGAAAGCAACAUGCUGGACACCUAUGACCAGGCCUCAGGUCAGAGACGCUACUCCAUGUGGAACUUUUGCAACAACCAUGACAAUUGGCGGAUGCAGAGCAUGACCAGCACUCAGCAUUUCUUCGUUUGUUUGGUGAUCAUCACCUUUUGGCCUGGCAUCCCACUGCACUACGCUGGAGAUGAACAGUUUGUAGUAGCCAUGGUUGAGUAUGCACCCUGUAUCAGGGCUCUGGUUGGUGGAGAGCGAAUCUCCUGCGGACGUCUCACUUACUCCUUGUUGAAUGUCAGAGUUGCUCGGCCGAUGCCGCGACCAUUGCUGGUAGCUGAUGAGGCAUAUCAUGUCAGCCUUACUCAGCUUUGGGAGACGGCCGAAGUGGUUUGGAUCCAAGGACCUUUGUCGCAACAACGACUGCAGCAACGUGGCUUGUUUGGAGUUGUCGUGAAAUCUGCUCCUGACCAGCUCGGUCAUUGCAGGUAUCGUCACAUCCACCCGAAUGAAUGUGGAAUCCUGGUGGGCCAAGACCCCACCAUUGACUUUGGUGACAACCCAUUGUUAACGUUGUCUGCAGCAGGUCAGAUUGCAUCACCUUUGCAGGCUGCCUGGAUCGGGGCACAUGUCAUUGGACAUUUUGAAGAGCUGCAACGAGGCAUCCGUCAAUUCUCUCCCAUUGACCACUUGCAUGCAUUGCGAACCCUUCUGAUUGCCAAGAGUCAGGCCAUUUGGCCCUACCCUGACUAUGUGAGAGCACAUGAACAUGGUGAUGACAUUUGUAGAUGGGCUCCUUUUGUCUUGGAUAGGAUUGAUGCCAUCCUGAUGUCCGAUCAGUGGGAUUUCCUGAUGUCUGAGCACUGUCUAGCUGGUGUUUUGCGGCAGCUUCAAGAGUCCCCGCCACAGCCUUGUGAUGACAGGAUCCCUUUUGGCUCAAUGCAGGUCGAUGCUGAUGGCCGACUCGAAACGAUCAGUGUUGCCAGUGAGGAACCAGAGCCAGAAAUUGCAACUGCCCAUGAGGAACCACCGAUUUUCCAUGUGGUCCAGGUUCCGCCUGACUGUGCAGCAGUGCUCUACCCACCAGAUGUAGCAAUUGCCCAUGUACGCAUUGCACCUGGCACGACCGUCAGACAAUUGCUUGAAGCUGAAGGUCAAUUGCAUGGUUUUGAUUGGACAGCCGUCACAGUCUUCAAGUCUGAUGGGUCUCUGUGGGCCAUGCAUGACGUCAUUGUCCCAGGCCAACUGGCCCAGUUUUGUGUCGUCCCAGGUCCUGUCCCUGCACCGGGUCAUGGCAAGUCGAUAAGCUCUGAGGGUUUCCCAGGGAUUUUAGGUCAGGGACCCAUGCAAGCUGGUUCUGAACGAGUGUCUGACACCCACGAUGCCGGUCAUCAGGUCUGCCUGUAUGUCCCAAGGUCUGUGUCAUCGAUUUUGGGCCCCUUGCCCCCUGCCAUGUCUUCAAGUGUCUUGUCGCCUGCCGAGAUGUCAACCAUUGGGUCAGGUGACCACAGAGAAGUUUGCCAAAGUGAUGCUUCAGAGCCGCGGGAUGGGAACAAAGUUUCACCUGGGGAAUGUGGGCUACUCCCCUUCAAAUUGCCCACGGAGGUAUCCCGACUUUUGCCCGAGGGGCCAUUCAUGACACCUCAAGAACAGCAAAUUGAGAUUGCCAUGCAUCCUGAAAAGGCCAAAGAUGCCUUGCCGGCUCCUGAACAUGAUGAUGGUGUUCCAGUGUCCCAUGCAACCGAUGCUGGAGAAUGUCGUGGCUCAGGCCAUGGAAGUGUAAGUGAUCCCAUCCCUUGCCAAUUGCCUGUUGAGGGAAGUCCGCUGGCAGGCCGACCCAAAGAACAUGCUUUGCAAGAUUGGGGUCAUGGUCUUGUCUUUGCUUGCGUCCAUGCCGGUCCUGCAACACAGGUGACUUCAGCACGUCAUGUACAUGUCAAGGAUGAGUAUGAUGGGGAAUGUGGGCCACUCCCCUGUUUAAUGCCCACGGACGCAGCUCAACGCCUGAACACAGGUGGCCCAGAUGGAGGUGUGAUUGAUCUCCUAAUGCCACCUUUGACUGGCAGAGGCAUUUUCUCUGAGGGGUGGCCUGUGCCUAUGACCUCUGGGCCUCGUGCCAGUACGAUGCCACAGGGAAAUACAAGAGUUGACUCAGUCCAGCGCGCUCAUGACCAUUGCCAAGCCCAGUGCAGGAGUUACCUACCUGGUGAACUCACUCACACGACAGAGGAUGCUCAGCUUGUCAUUGGGGAAUGUGGGCCACUCCCCUUCAAAUUGCCCACUUUUUCCACUCUUGAUGUGCGAUGUGUUGAUGGUCUUGGCACAUGCCCUGGUGACAUCAAUUUUGGAGGCCAAAAUUUUCAGGGUGGUGCAACCUUUGUUGACAGGCCAUUGUUUUCCUGGCCCACAGAUGAGUUUCUGACAGGCCGACCAGUUUCUGGUGUGCCAGAUGGUGGUGUCCAAACUUUGCUGGCACAAAAAAUGUCCGUGACUGAACGCAGCAUGCUCCUUGAGAUUCAAGGCUACCAAUGGGCUGAUGAUGAGAUUCGGUGGUACCUUGACCACUUGCUGUCCCGCCUGCAGCGCUCACCCAAUGGCACACGUGCAAACCGGAAAUGGACAAAGAUUGACCCCUUGGUUUUUGCUGAUUGGAUCGUCCAUGGGGGAACAAGAUGUGCCGCGUGGGUUCUUUCCCACUGCCUCUUGCCUGAGGCCGUGAUCACAGUUGCCCAUGUCCAACACCACUGGAUUCCCAUCGUCAUUGUUAUUGGGCAGGGAGACUUACAUUUUCACACAUGGGAUCACCCUGCUAGUGACCAUACCAGUCUUGAACAGGUGUUCACACAGAUCGCAGGUGCCAUGAACUUGCCGGGCUUUGUGCAUGUGCAGUGGCCUCGGGUUGUCGAGGUGGAGGGGUGCUGUGGAUCACUGGCAGUGGCUUUUCUUGCCCAUUUCAUGUUUGACUGUCCUCUUCCAAGCAAUCAUGCUGAAGUUUUGACCCACCAUGCACGUUUGCGGGCGCAGUUUUUGGCUGCCCUUCAACACCGCACUGAAUGGAUCCAGCCCAGCCUCUGGGCCAGUGGCCUUGCCAAUCAAGCUGAACAGGAGUUGGCCCCCGUCUUGAUUGAUCAUGGAGUCCCCCAAGAGCAUGCAGGGACGCGAGCCGAAGCAGCAGUCCGUGCCAUUGGCGCACAGCAGGUGCUUGAUGCCCUGGGAUCCCGGAUUCCUUGGAAACAACUGAAGACGUUGGGUAAUCAAUCCAAGUUCCAGUUCUUGCUUCCAGCGGAGCUUCAGUCCAAAGUUGCGUCAGCAGCCGGGAAGGGAGCCAUUGGUCGCCCUAAAGGUGGUAAGAAAAGCAAGAAGACGCCACCUGAACUGACUCCUGUGAGUCUUGACCCAGCCAAGUUUGCGAUUUCAGCCGGUGUCUUCCAGAGCAAUUCUCAGCCUUUGCACCAAAAACCUUUGAAGGCGGUUGGUCCAGCCACUGAAGGCGUUGUGAUUGUCACUCAGGCCGAAGCUGCACCGUACCUGGCACAGGGCAAGACAGUGUCGAACUUGCCCCUGGCCCUGCUAGUUCUGCAAAGCACCAUGGCUGAGGUGACAACAACGCUGCCGCAUCAGGCAGUCACGGUGCCAUGCCAUUGUGUGGUUAAUCAGGAACCCAUGCUGAUUGACAUGAUCAUGGUUCAGAUUGGCUCAGGCAUGGUUGAGAAAACCCAGGCAUCCCGUAAGAUUCACAUUGACACUGUUGAGGUAGGCACUUUGCGGAUCACGGUCUUCCCUGAUGAAAUUGAAGGAACAUGGGAUCAUUUGACCCAAGGGCCCAUGAAGUAUGUGGUUCAUCAUUUCCCUCUGUUGCGCAUGUGCCGAGAACCUGGGUGCCAAUGUCCUCAUUGGCACAAUCAUGAAAAGAUUGAUACCAAAGAUGCGCUGGUUGAUGUUUGGCGGCGCCAAUACCUGCGGAACGGCUACAAGCCUGAACCACCAAGUAGUGCCACCAUGUUUGCUGUUAGCAUCCGGGUGCCCAGUUGUCUGGUCUUACCGUUGCUCAAGCUCAGUGGAUCAGCCGGCAUCUACGUUGAGCCAAGAUCCCUUGACUCCCGAACAGUUCAUGAAGAUUAUGCCAUUGUGUGGCUGACGCGUUUGCAGCCAGCUGCUCUGAAUCACCUGUGCCAAACCAAUCCCACGGCCAUCGGCCUCGCCCGAGUAGGGGACCGAGUUGGGUUGAGAACCCUGGCGACCCAUGCCAGUGAGCUGUCAAAAGCAGUUCGACCAGAUGCAGUCUACCUGCCAGCUGGCCCUAAGCAGCAAUUCCUGGCAGGUCCUUUUCCGUUUGGAACAGACCGGGGCAGCUUGACCAAAGCCCUGCAGCAGAUCGAUUGGGAAGCCCGGCCUUUACAGCCGCUUGCCUCAAUUGACAACAAAGGUGCAAUGUGGCUCAUACAGGCCAAUGAAGAUCCACCAGCUUCAUUGCUGUCCAUGGGCCACGGGGAUGUCAUGAUUUCAAAACAUAAGGGCCCGAGGGAUGCCAAGGAAUCCAAAGCCAGGCCAGUUGCCACGCAGGCCACCAUUGCUUUGUGCAACACGCAGACUUCCCAUGCCACUCCCCCAGAUCCCUGGUCAACUGCUGAUCCUUGGGGAGGAUAUGCACCGUCCAGCACUGGCCAAACUGAUGCCUCCGACGGACUGAAGCAGCUUGAAGCCAAGAUCCAACAGGCGGUACUGGCUAGCAUGCCGGCAAGCUCCAAUCAGAUGGAAGUUGACGACGUCCCGGACAGGGUCCAGAUGCUUGAACAGCAGAUGAGCAACAUGAUGCAAAAGCAUGCCCAACUUGAGGCAACAGUCACCGACCAUGCUGCCCGGCACACCGCUCAGUUGGGCUCAGUCCAACAUCAGCUGCAAACCCAGGGUGCUGAACUGAGGGGCCAUAUCGAGUCCCAGCAGCAGAACUUGCAAGCCCUUUUCGAAAGCCAGAUGUCGCAGAUUCGACCAAGAUCCAAAGUGACGCCUCGAGAUUUCUGCAUUGGGUGUUUCAACCCUUCAGGGUUGGCGGGGAAAGCUCAGGUGAUUAAUCAGUAUUUGAGCCAUGGUGAUCUGUGGUCCAUUGCUGAGACCCACUUGACCACAAAAUCAGUUUCUUCAUUUCGUAGAGGUCUCCGAGUCACUCAAUCGCCAUACCGGUAUUUGAUCACCGGUCAUCCUGUUCCUGUACGUGCACAUUCUCAAACUUCUGGGGGCUGGAAGGGAGUUGCUGCACUGUCGAAGCAUCCGACACGAGCCUUGCCUGUCGCCUGGGACCCUGACAUUAGUGCCUCUAGCAGGGUUUUGGUCACAUCCACUUUGCUGCAUGACAUGUGGGUUACCAUGGGAACCAUGUAUGGUGAAUCGGCGGGAACAUGGCAUCCACAAUACCUUCAUCACAAUGAUCAGCUCCUGCAUGCUGUAGCCACGCAGGUUUGCCUGUACUCCACUGGGCUGAGAGUUGUUGCAGGCGAUUUCAAUUUGAAAGAACAUGAUGUGGCAGCGUUUCAGAUCCUUGAAUCAGCAGGCUUCCGUGAUAUUCAAUCCAUUGCCAGCGAUCGCUGGGGACAUCAGAUCCAAAACACUUGCAAGUGCUCAACAAGGGUUGAUUUCAUGUACAUAUCUCCAGAGUUACAAACUCUGUUGAUGUCUGUUGAGAUUGACGACACCACAUGGCCUGACCAUAGUGUGUUGCAAGCUCGGUUCCGUGGCAGUGUUCAUGACAUCCCUCGUUUUGUUUGGAAACAGCCCCAAGAGCUGUCUUGGCCCCAAUUUGCAUUUGAUCCCAUUGAACCUGUAGCCAGCGGCCAUGCAACCAGACGCUACGCGGCUUUUUGGCAUGAGGUUGAAAGUGCAGCUGAUGCUGCCAGCAAGGUGCCCAUCCCUCAGGCUAGUCGUGGCCGUGCCCAGACUAUGGCUCCUCAGAAGGUUGUUGGACAGACACAUGCACCAAUGAAAGCACCCCGUGCUGGUGAUUUGGCCCCCAAUUUCACUGGGAUGUCAGUUCAGCAUGCGCACUGGUAUAAGCAAGCACGCCGACUUCAGGCGUAUGUCCGUUUCGUGCGAUCCAGAAAGCCUGAAGCCGACCCAUGCCAUGCGGCCAAUGUAUGGAAUGCCAUCACCAGGGCCAAGGGGUUUGAUCCAGGUUUUAGUGAAUGGUGGUUGACAACUGAACAUUCAGUUCAUGGUGCCCCUGCCGAAUGCCCCAGGGUCCCUCCCAACCAUAUAGUUGCUGAAGCGAUGUAUGCCUCGUUUGUUCUGGCCUUUCGACAUUUGGAAAAGAAACUGCAUGCCACAAGCCGAGCCACCGCCAAGGCCAAGCGGCUUGCAUCACCGCAGCUGAUCUUCCAGGACAUACGGGGAAUUGGAUUAGACAGUGUUGAUCUGCUUACCCAGCCUUUACAGAGCAAGAUCUGCUAUGUUGAUGAUGAUACCCAGUGCCUUCAUCUUGACACGGCAUGCCAGUGGGACCUGACAAAACCAAUCUUUGUCAACGGCCAACCGCUGAACAUUGUGCAUUGUGAAGACAAGUGGGUCUGGGUUGACCAGCCUGUUCCAGAUGCCUGCGGAUCCCUGUGUACCCAGGUACGCAUGGUUGGUGCCAUUGAGGAGCUUUUUGCUGAAUUCCAGAGCACAUGGACUGCCCGAUGGCAACGCCAUUUGAAUGUCCCUCUGAGCCAGUGGCAUGAUAUCCUGGCUUUUGCCAAACGCCAUGCACGCCCAGUGCCAUGCCAAUCACCGUCACUUAACCUGCCCAGGUUAAAACAUGAGAUCAAACGCAAGAAAGCCAAAACCUCUAAAGGCCUUGAUGGUGUUACAUUGUCUGAUUUCCGAGCCAUGCCCGAUGGCGUUUUGCAGAGCAUGUGCAGCUUUUAUGCCUUGGCCGAAGCCACUGGUGAGUGGCCCGCACAACUGACGGCGGGGAGGGUUGUGUCACUUGCAAAAACCACCCAACCACGCACAGCGGCCGACUUUCGGCCCAUCACUGUGCUUAGUGUCGGGUAUAGGCUGUGGUCUUCCUACCACUCCCGAAACAUCAUAGCUGCCCUUGAUGAGUGGCUUCCCCCAGGCCUCCACGGAUCCAGGGUUGGGAGUCAUGCAAGCCAAGUUUGGCAUUCGAUGCUUAUGACCAUCGAGGAAAGCCAUGAUUGCGGAAUUCCCCUGUCAGGUGUUGUUGGUGACAUUGUCAAAGCCUUCAAUUGUUUGAGCCGGCCAGUGAUUUUCGAACUUGCUGGUAUGAUGCGUCUACCCAUGCAUGUCUUGACAGCUUGGGCUGGUUGCACCAUGCAAAUGGCCAGAUACUUUGAGGUUCGGCAGAACUUUUCUCCUGCCACCAUGUCGGUCACGGGCUUUGCUGAGGGUGAUGGUCUCUCAGUACUAGCGAUGAUCCUGCUUGACUGUGUGCUCCACUGGUGGAUGGAUGAACUUAGCCCCCACUGCACUACACUGAGUUUUGUGGAUGACUGGCAGCUGCUUGUCAAAGACCCCCAGUUUGUCAAAGGUGCCAUGGAACGCCUUGCGUCAUUCUGUGCUAAGGUGGACCUGCAGCUGGACAAGAAGAAGACUUAUGUUUGGUGCUUGUCAGCAGAGGGCAGACGACAGUUGAAGCAACAUGGCUACCGUGUUGAACAUGGGGGGCGGAACCUGGGGGCCCACUUGCAGUUGACGUUGCAACACACUAAUCACACCCUUCAGACCCGUGCAAAUUCCCUACAUGACCUAUGGGAUCGUUUGCGUUUGUCACCGUGCCCUUACAAACUCAAAGUCCGGGCGCUGACCACAGCAGCAUGGCCAAAGGGUCUUCACGGUGUUGCAUCCACCGGUAUUGGCCGAAACAUAAUCCAGCGGUUGAGGUCAGGAGCUGUCAGAGGACUCCAAGCAGAUGGGGCGGGGUGCAACCCCUGGAUUCAGUUGGGCUUGAUCGAACAUCCCUCUUGUGAUCCUGGGUAUUGGUCCGUGCUUCAAACCAUCCGAAGCGUGAGGGACUGCGCUGCGUUGGACUUUGUUCAGCCAGUCCUGACUCGACUUGCGUGGGAAGGUACCAAUAUGCCUGGUAACUCCAUAACCCAGACUUUGUUGACUCGGAUUCAGGUUCUGGGGUGGUCUGUCCGUGCUGAUGGUUUGAUUGAAGACUUCCUCGGCCCUUUUUGCCUGUUCGAAUGUACUAUGGGUGAAAUUGAUUUCCGGGCUCAACUCUCGUGGCAGGCGGUGGUGUCCCAACAAGUCGCCCACCGCCAGGGCUUCAAAGACUUGCAUCUUGCUGAUGUGCAGGGUACACGUAAAUGGCUUGCUUCUCAAUCACCUGAAGAAGCUGGUUUGUGUCGUAAACUCCUUAACGGGGCACACUUUACCAGAGAUGCACAAAGACACUGGCAGGAGGAUGAUGGGAACACUUGCCAAUUUUGCAGCUGCACUGACUCCAGGUACCAUCGUUUCUGGCAAUGUGAAGCCUUUGACUCCCACCGUGCCCACAUGGACCCCAAUGUUUGGGCGAUGAUCCCUUUCCUUCCAGAGUUUUUGACCAGCUACGGGUGGGGCCUCAGACCAGCGUGCUGGCAGAAGUAUUUGCAAGCGUUGUUGAACAUAGUGGAGUCUCCUUUUGACCUGACCCUGAUGCACCAACCGAGUGAUGAAUGGUUGGAUUUGUUCACAGAUGGUUCAUGUCACCACCCUACGCAUGCUGGGCGGUUAGCCAGUUGGGCGGUCGUUCAAGCAUGCUCUAGCAACAUUGAUGGCCAUCCCUUGUCUAAGGUUCUUGCAGCCAGUCCGCUCCAGGGUCUUCUCCAAUCAGCGUAUAGGGCUGAAAUCCGGGCUGUUUUGGAAGCCGUUCGGAUUGCUCACCACAGUCGGCUCAAAGUGCGCAUCUGGAGUGAUUAUGAAGGGGUUGUUACACGAGUUCGUGCCCUGCUGGGCAAACAAUGGAAACCAUCAGUCAAUAGUCGCCAUUUUGACCUCUGGUCCCAACUCAGUGGUUUGCUCAAUGAAUGCGGUACGGGCUGGGUUGUCAUCACCAAAGUUGCCGCACACCGUGAUCCUGAGGGAUGUGUCUCUGCUUUGGAGUCAUGGUGUUUCCUUUACAAUGGUUUGGUAGAUCAUGCAGCCCGUGCAGCACAUUUCCUUCGACCUCAGAGUUUUUGGGACAUGCACCACAGGUUCAUGCGUGACUGUGACUAUGCUGGAUUCAUCACCCACCAGAUUCGUGCUGUUCAAAUGUCCAUUAGUAAGGCGGUUGUUUUUCAUCAACAGGCUGCACAAACUGAAGGACAAGUUCACGAAGAAGCGAGGGUUGACAUUGCUCCACCACGUUCCAAUUUGCCCCAUUGGAGGGGACCACCGGAGGUGACGUGGGUGGCCAGACAGUUGUGUCAGAAGUACGGUGAACGGUUGGUUUUGUCAGUUGCGCGAUGGUUUCUUCAGGGGUUGCAGGAAGCCAAUGUUGCGCCAGGUUGGAUCAGUUUCUAUCAACUCUACACUGACUACAUGCUCUGCACAGGUGAAGGUGGUCCACUGCAUUUUGAAACAUGGGUUGACCCGGCCAUGAGGCGGGACGGCAGGACGCUUCUUAGACUCCCUGUCCCAGCCCGCGACAGUGAGAUGCCAACGGUGGCAAUGACCCACCUCGAGAACUUCCGCACCCCCGGCAGCGCUUUGGACGGCUGGGCCCGGGAAGAGCUUGGGGCCUCAUUGGCCUGGCAAGCGGUGAGACAUCAAGGUGGGGCCGGUGCCUGGGGAUGGGAGGACGAGACGUUCAGGUUCAUUGCCCGACUGAAUGCUUUGCGCAAGGCCUACUUUGGUGACUUUGGCGAAGAAGAGUGCGACCAGCUGAGAACUGCAUCGCAUUUGCUGGAUGUCGUGGCCUUCAUUCGCGGCUGUCAGAAGGACAGAAAAGUCUUGGUGGUGGCCAACUUCAAUGCGAAGGAAGCCAGAAGGGCUGAACUCCAGAGCCAUUGGACCCAAGGGGUCCUGCUCCAGGACACCGUAGAGCAGGUGGAUCCUUGGAAUGUCACUGUGGGUGUGGAUGGGCAUGUGGCAGUCAUCGUUCCAGCCAUGAGUGCCUAUGUCUUUGCCCCAAAUCCCAGGUGAUUCCAUCGCAUGGCUCACUCUUGCAGCAGAAAGG